GAUGAGAUCCCCACCAAAAAAAAUACGACCAAUUAAUAAAAUUCCUGAAACACCUAAAGUUCAAAAUCGAUAUACUAGGUCUAUAUCAGAAGUUGCUACACCGAUGUCCUUUUUGCAAUUUCAUCGAAGGAAACCAAGUGAUUCUAUUUGGGAUGUUGUUGAAGCUGUAGCUUCACCAAUAGACUUAUCAACCAGUCCAAGAAAACAAAAUUUAGUCGCUAAAAUGACAAAGCCAUCAACUUCUAAAUCUGAUAAGAAUAAUACUUUAUCUCAUUUUAUAACGUAUAGAGAUCCUACAUUAUCUAUUUCAAAAUCAUUAAUGGAUACUAGUCUAUCAACUAAUUAUAAUACAAGAGAGGAGGAUAUGGUUAUUGAAGAUAUUAUUGCAACAACUGCAAAUCCUCUCGAUUUUCCGAGUUCACCACCUCAAUCAUAUAAUAUGAAUAUAUCUGGAAGCCCUGGUGUUCAAAAGACUUACGGGAAAGGACGCACUAUUAUAAGACAAGAUCUUGAUUCAUUGUUAUCAGAUACAUUUAUACCUUCUUCACGAUUUCAAUCUAAUGAAGAUAUUGAAGAUGAUAUAAUAAUUAAAAAGAAUGAAUUAAAAAGCUCUCAUGAACUUCGAGAAGUUGGAGGUAAUGCUAGAUUUGUUGAUGAAAUGAAUUAUAUUCUAGAUG